AUGGCCACCAGAAGGAUUAUCUCCGGCGAAAAGACCAUUCUAGAGAAAGAUGACAAGGACUUUUCCCAGGCUGCGGGUGAAAAGAGCAAUAUCGCCCCUGCAGUCCCUGCGCAUGUGAUAUAUAAGCUCUUAGGCUUCACUUUGGCUAUGGUUGUUGGCCCUAUUGGUUCUUACUUUCUCACUUUGAACACGCUGUUCGGGGGAAACUCGACCUAUGCUGGUGCCUUAGCUGCAAUCAUGGCUAAUGUAGUUCUCAUCGGAUAUGUCAUCGUUGCGUUUCAGGAAGAUCAGACUGAGGCUGUGGAAGCAAAGGAAAAGGAGAAGAGAGAAGGGAAGAAGGGAUUAUAGUCAUGUGAUGUGUCUAUGUUUUUCACCGCACACGUUCUGGAGUAUGGUUGGGAAGCUUCGAACAAGGACUGAGGCUUGUAAAUUUAAAUAUUAAGGCAUUCGAGAUGGAUUUGCAGAGCUGAUUUGCCUACAUAUUCACUACAAUCUCCUGCCACCACGAGGCAAACAAAACGUGAGCAAUCAUAGGGAAAGUGGUAUCUGUUGUCCUUUGCCAACCAUAUCAUUCUGCAAAUGGUUGACGAAGCCCUUAUUGUGAAAAACCUUACGCCGUGGAUGCACAUCCAACCUAAUCCGCCAAUUUGUC